CACAACCAUCGAAAUACUCUCAAAACCGCAGUGGUCGCUUGCGCUGACAUCACCAACAUCUUCGCUUAUCGCGACUCGGGCCGAGACGCGCACAGUUGCGCGCAUCCGGGGAAACUGCUUUCGCAUCGAAGAUAAGAGAUGGCACCGGCUAUGUCGACUUUAUCAGAUGAGGGAUCGCUUUCGCGAGAGCGACAGCAUGUACAAGAUGAGAACGAUGUGGCAGUACCUUCGAGCCCGCUACUAGAGUCGAGAUCAAGAUCACCAGCUGGGUUGAGGGCGAGACUGGGCUUGGGCGGUGUUGCGAGAAGAACCCUUGGCUUUGCGCUGUUAUUGCUGACCGUGUUCCUGUGGACAUUAUACAAUUUCAUCGCCAGUUACAUGUUCUCUGAUCAAACCUACAACAAGCCUUUCUUCAUCGUUUACCUCAACACCUCGAUAUUCGCUAUCUCCUUAAUACCCAAGUUCUUCAAAUACCUACGGAAGCAUGGAAUCAGUGGAAUGCGAGAUGAUGCGACGCAAUUAUGGUCCGAUUACAAGCAUGGCAGAAUAAAUACGAAGUCACUCUAUCAAUCCGAGGACGACCAGGCAACCGAGCGCUUGAUAUCGCAAGGAUACGGAAGCACCGAAACCGCAGCCUCCGAAGAGAAGCUGACAUUCAAGGAGACUGCCGUUUUGAGCUUCGAGUUCUGCAUGCUGUGGUUCUCAGCGAACUACUUUGCAUCAGCUUGUCUCGAAUACACAAGUGUCGCGAGCGUUACGAUCCUGACAUCCACGAGUAGUGUCUGGACUCUUAUCUUCUGCUCCCUAUUCGGAAUCGAGCGGUUCUCGACAGCCAAGAUCUUAGGUGUAGGAGCUUCUCUAGCAGGAGUGAUUCUUAUCUCGACUGUGGAUUUGUCCGGCAAAAGCGAUGAGGAUAGAGGGUCGUUCCCGCACAAGUCACCUACACAAAUCGCGGUUGGAGAUUCAAUGGCGCUUCUGAGUGCUGUUAUUUAUGGUCUUUAUGUGACGGUGAUGAAGCGCAAGGUUCCAAAUGAGGACAAGGUCGAUAUGCAGCUGUUCUUCGGGCUGGUUGGUGUUUUCAACGUGGUUCUCCUUUGGCCCAUCUUCUUCAUCUUGCAUUGGACGGGCUUGGAACCGUUUGAACUACCACCUAGUAGCACACUUUGGGGCAUCAUUAUUUUCAAUGCGGUGUCUUCCUUCAUCAGCGAUAUUUCAUGGGCCCUCGCUCUGCUCAUGACGACACCCCUUGUGGUGACAGUUGGCUUAUCUCUCACAAUACCCCUGUCUUUGAUUGGCGAGAUCUUGCAAUAUCAGCAAUAUUCGAGUUUUACCUAUUGGGUUGGUGCUGCAGUUGUUUUUGUUUCAUUUAUUGUGGUCAGCCGAGAAAGUCACGAUGGGGAGGAGCCCAAGAAGGACGACGACUUGGAGAGAUCGGUGGGAGUUUAAGUGUACGGGUCAUGAAGAUAACGAAAUGCACGAGCUUACGGACUUUUGAGGCGUUUGGGUUGCUUUCAACAGCAAGUUACGGAACAGCAGGGACAAGUUAUGCACAGGAUGCAAGGCGUUUCAACCGCAAGAUAUGGCUACAUGAACAGUUCAGUCAUGGAGAUAAGGAGUUAAGGACUUAAUUUAGAAUGUUAGAUUUCCCGAUGUAGAAAAUUGCAGGAAAUAAGUCUUGAUCGUGCAGGGUCUUGAGGG